AUGGAGCAAACGGCGACAGCUGGGCACCAGCAACCCCAACGGCUGGUCGCCGAGAACGGUAGAGGGGUCCGGACGUGCCCCCCUUGGACAAAGGCCACAGAACAAUCUAGGCCCGCCUCUGUCUACUUCCGGCCUAGCAUCCCUGAUUUGAACCCCCUGGAGGUCGGGGAAGCGAGAGAGGAACCGGGGGAGCCCACCUCACAGUACAAGGCUGCUUUGGGGUCCUCCAUGGCCCCCAUUUCAGCGCCACCGCACAAGCUUCGUGUCAACGCAAAACUCUUUCUCCUGAAUCUCGUCAGGAAACCCAUUUUGUUGAAGGUGUCGGUUUGCCUAUUGAUUGCGCCAGAGAAGUGCAGAACGGAAUUGCCGAAACGGCAACUCGGCGAGGCCUCUGGAAGACCAGGCGCCAGAACGAGGAUUCGAGACUGA